CCUUAAAAGAAAAUAUUUAUAUGCUAUAUUAGAUGAAAAUUUUGCAAGAAAUGGGGGGCACAGUCGGGAACAAAAAUAAAGACCACUGGGGCGUGCCCAGUCAGCGUCCCAAAGGAGGAAGGAGAACAGGUCUCGUACCCAACAAUCCGUUUCCAUCAAUUCAGCUCCCGUAUAUAACUCCUUUACCCUCCUUCCUUCGUGUCCUAAAACACACCCCUGUUUCAUCUUUUCAUUGUGUUUCUUUCUCUCCACGGAUUCCCAAAAAAUAUAUCAACAGAAAUGCCGGCAACCGAGUACCAAGGCUCCUUCUUGGGGCGAAUCAGCAUCAGGCGAAACCAAGUUAUCGCCAUGGAUGGUAACCAAGAGCAGGAGCUUGAAGACCUUGAGCUCUUCCAAAAACACGUUUCUGAUCGCUUCACCGAACUCUUAUCUCCCCCCGAUGACGUCCCUGUUGAUGCCCUUCUCUCAAUUUCCUGGCUACGCAAACUCCUCGAUGUGUUUCUUUGCUGUGAAGCAGAAUUCAAGGCUAUUCUCAUGAUGGGCCGUGACCUGUCUCAGAUCUCUAAACCCCCUCUCGAUCGCCUGAUUCCUGAACUUCUAGACCGGGCCGUGAAGGCUUUAGACCUUUGUAAUGCGGUUACUAAUGGGUUGGAGUCCAUUAGACAUUGCCAAAAACUGGCGGAGAUUGCUGUUUCCGCUUUGGACCAAAACCCCAUCGGAGACGGACAAGCAAGGAGAGCUAAAAAGGCCUUCGCUUCGCUGACGUCAGCAAUGAACCUUGACGAUAAGGAAGGCGCCAAUACUAAAACGACGGAGAGGAGCUGGUCUUUCGGUCGCCGAGGUGUUAAUAAAGAUCGAGCGCCGGAUCAUUUGAGGUCACUGUCUUGGCAGGUGGCCAAGAAUUGGUCAGCCGCGAAACAGAUUCAGGCCAUGACUACCAAUCUCGCUGCGCCUCGUGGAGCAGAGGCUUCCGGUUUGGCCAGCCCGGUUUAUAUAAUGAGCGUGAUUAUGGUUUUUGUUAUGUGGGCAUUGGUAGCUGCGAUACCUUGUCAAGAGAGGAGCGGUUUGGCUACUCAUUUUCCGGUUCCGAAGCAAUUGAGCUGGGCCCAUAGCAUGAUUGGGUUACAAGAGAAAAUUGGUGAUGAAUGGAAGAAGAAGGAGAAGAAAGGGAUGGCUGGGUUGUUAGAGGAGAUGCAGAAAAUGGAGAAACUCGGACAGAGUUUGAUAGAGUUUACAGAUUCUUUUCAGUUUCCUGGAGAGACAGAGAAAGUCGACGAAGCGGCUGCACAGGUGGCGGAAUUAGCGGAGACGUGUCGGAGAAUGGAAGAAGGAUUGGUGCCUUUGCAGAUGCAGAUUAGGGAAGUGUUUCAUAGGAUUGUAAGAAGCAGAACUGAGAUUCUUGAUGCGUUGGACCAAGGUGGGAAAUCAUCUGCGCCACUCGUGUAACUAUGUUGGGCAUAUUUGUCAAUUCGUCUUGGUCCAGACAGGGCCUUCAAGUUUACAACUCUUUGAGGUAAUGGCUUGAUCUUCAUAUAGGUUCAGGUUUCUUCACGGGUGUCCUGUCUAUGUUGGCCAUGGAAAAUAGGGACAGAUGAACCUGCAAGAUCUGGGGUUUUUCCUUUUUUUUUUUUUUUAAUUUAAAGGUUGUGGUGAGGCAAGCAUUUCCUGUGUGAAAUGUUCCCUUUUUUUUUUUCACUUUUUUUUUAGCUUUGGCCCUUUGUUUAAUAUGUUAACUGUUAUUUGAGUACAGAAGCUUGCUUUUCUGGGACAUUGUAAAUACUCAAACUACGUAUAACAUUUUGUAUCUGAAGGAGAAACUGAGAGUUUCUCUCUUUGCAGAAAGUAAAUAUAUGUUGGAUUAACAUUCGUGUCUGUCAAUCAAUCAAAUAUUGUCUCAGAUUUCUUAUUGGAAAUGUUAUGUUUCUUUGGCUGGCUGCGUUAGCACGUUAAGCAGACCUCCAAAGUUGUCUACUUGGAACCUGGAAGGAGAGUAGGCUAAGGCAAUUAACUGAUUGGAUGUUAUUAUAGAUAAAUAUAAAAAUCUGAUAUUCAUUAGCUAGAGUUCCAGUUGGACAUAGCGAACCAUUUAAACAGAAGAAAACAAAACCUUAGACAAGGUUGCCGAUGGAGGAUAGUAACAGUUGUUUAUUUGACUAUUGUUAAAUUAUAACUUGCAAGGUACGAUGGAAUCUAUAGAAUCUGUGUCUGCUUU